AGUCUUUGCUGUUCCGUCCCUGCUACCGCAUUGCUGUAUUGCAGGGGGUGCCCGCAUUGCGCAGGCACAGCCAAUACUUCCAUCCCCUCCAAGGAGCAUAAAACUGCCUGGGCCACAGUGUAUAGCUGGUGCUGUCUGAGGUCGCAGCCACAGCGCCGAUUUGAAACCCUAAAGCUAAGCCCACUCUUCACAUCUCAGAAUGGGUAAGGAGAAAAUCCACAUCAACAUCGUGGUCAUUGGCCAUGUGGACUCGGGCAAGUCCACCACUACUGGUCACCUCAUCUACAAGUGUGGAGGCAUCGACAAGAGGACCAUCGAGAAGUUCGAAAAGGAGGCUGCAGAGAUGGGGAAGGGUUCCUUCAAGUAUGCCUGGGUGCUGGACAAACUGAAGGCCGAGCGGGAGCGUGGGAUCACCAUCGACAUCUCCCUCUGGAAGUUUGAGACCACUAAGUAUUACAUCACCAUAAUCGAUGCACCCGGGCACAGAGACUUCAUCAAGAACAUGAUCACAGGGACCUCUCAGGCAGACUGUGCAGUGCUCAUUGUAGCAGCCGGGGUCGGCGAGUUUGAGGCGGGGAUAUCGAAGAAUGGGCAGACGCGGGAGCAUGCCCUCCUGGCCUAUACACUUGGAGUGAAACAGCUCAUUGUCGGCGUCAACAAAAUGGACUCUACGGAGCCUCCUUACAGUGAGAAGCGGUACGAUGAAAUCGUGAAGGAGGUCAGCGCUUACAUCAAGAAGAUCGGCUACAGCCCCUCUGCUGUACCUUUUGUGCCCAUCUCUGGUUGGCAUGGCGACAACAUGCUAGAGCCAUCUCCAAAUAUGCCCUGGUUCAGAGGCUGGAAACUGGACAGGAAAGAGCACCAUGCGAGUGGGGUCAGUCUGCUGGAGGCCCUGGACACCAUCAUGCCCCCUACCAGGCCCACGGACAAGCCCCUUCGCCUGCCCCUGCAGGACGUGUACAAGAUCGGAGGUAUUGGGACGGUACCAGUGGGGAGGGUGGAGACGGGGAUCCUGCGGCCCAGUAUGGUGGUGACCUUUGCCCCCGUGAACAUAACCACAGAGGUCAAAUCGGUUGAGAUGCACCACGAGGCUCUGAAUGAGGCCCUGCCCGGUGACAAUGUGGGCUUCAACGUGAAGAACGUCUCUGUGAAGGACAUCCGGCGAGGGAACGUGUGUGGGGACAGCAAGUCUGACCCUCCCCAGGAGGCCUCGGGGUUCACAGCCCAGGUGAUCAUCCUUAAUCACCCGGGUCAGAUCAGCGCAGGCUACUCCCCCGUCAUCGACUGUCACACAGCGCACAUCGCGUGCCGCUUCGCCGAGCUCAAAGAGAAGAUCGACCGCCGCUCCGGGAAGAAGCUGGAGGACGACCCCAAGACCCUCAAGUCCGGCGACGCCGCCAUCGUGGACAUGGUACCUGGGAAACCCAUGUGCGUGGAGAGCUUCUCCAAGUACCCACCCCUGGGUCGAUUUGCUGUUAGAGACAUGCGGCAGACGGUCGCUGUUGGAGUCAUUAAGAAUGUUGAGAAGAAGACCAGUGGUGCCGGCAAGAUUACCAAGUCAGCCCAGAAAGCCCAGAAAUCUGGCAAAUGAAUCAAGCAGUGGCGCAACAGGACCACCUCACCUCAGACUCUCCAGCCACACGCCCAGCGCCAGCACCACCACCCCACCGGGCAUGCCCACACAUGUGCUUGUAACACACUCUUUGUCAAUGACUGGAUGUUAACCAUCAAAGUUCAAUGGAAGUUCUUCAAGAGGAAAAGCAUGCCCCAUGCAUUUGUAAAGGCUACUUGUGAGUUUUACCAUUAAACUGGUCCAAGCACUA